AUGGCUUUGAAUUGCACCGGCCUUGAUGACCGACAGGGCAGCUUUGCAUCGUACAUCGACAAACUCAGGAAUGCAAGCGACGGAGACUUUACACUAGCUCAACAGUGCAAGUCACAGAUCUGUACAGCACUAUGGGGUGGCGGUAAUCCAGACAUAUCUGGAGUGGGCAUGUCAGUCGGAUACAUCUGCUCGAGCAUACUGGGUGCUGGGCUAGCAAUGCUCUACCUGCUCUCAAAGAGAUCCACUCGGAUCAAAGAGACCCUUGUGCUCAAACUCUUAUCUGUCUUCGACGACUGUGCAACCUUCUUUGCCUUUUCUAUCCAAAUUGCUUGUAUAGUCGUCCUAGCAAGGGUCGAUUACGGCAUCACAGCUGUUUCUAUGGGCGAUGUGACCGUUAGAGUCACCUGGACUGUGUCGGUGCUGACACUCCUACCAUUGAUGUACACCCUGAUUCUUCCCGGGAUGACACAACCUCAAGUCGGUGGAUGUCCUACGAAGUCCGCCCGCAAAGCGUCUUCGUCAUCUAGCAAUCGCCGCGAUUUGCUCUUCAGUAUCUGUUGGGCAUGUUCUGUGUACUCAUUCAUGAGUCGCAUGAUCGAGAGCUUUGGAAAGAAUCCGAUCGGAGCUGAUCCAGACGACGAUCUUACAGUUGCCGAGUGGAAGACACUUCAGGACAUCUGCCUCGCAGGAACUUCACGAAUCAGUUCCGCAGAGGACCGACUGAUCAACGCCUUCGGCAUCAUGGCGUUUCUGAUACUUUCUGGCGUGGCGAUGAGCAAGAUUUUGAUGGCAGGAAUUCGCAGGCAUUAUGAUCAUAAGAUGCAGCAGUACCAAGGUCUUAUCUCCAAGUCUCGAGAGCUCGUCAGCACUCUCAAGCUAGUACUAGUUGCCGCCAUCCCCUUGCUUUCUGUCGUUCUCUUUUGGUCCUAUUUCAGGUUACAGAGUUUCCAAGCGACUAUGAUCCAUACGCUUGGAACUCAAGACUCGGACGGUCAAUGGGGCUUUGGGCAGGUCGUGUCAGUAGUGGUAUUUCUCCCAGUACUCGUUGAAGCCUGCUUCAGCUGGUACGAGCAAGAGAAGGAACACACCGAGGAGCUGGACGAUCUGGGAAAAUCAAUCACGAUGCCAGAGCCACAUUCGCGCAUUUCAAACUCGGAUGACGCGGACGAUGAUGUGUCUCAAAGAAUUGUCGAAAUGAGUCCUUCGGGGAGUACAGCAAAGAUUCUGAGGAACAGACAGACGAUGUGA